AUGGACGCCAGAGGGCCGCCGCUUUCUCCUUCAAUAACGCGAGGCAUUCGAAAAUCCAACUCAACCAAAUCAGCAGGCGCACGCUCUACCAAGUCUCAUGAAUCUGUUCAUGUGCUAGGCAGUCACCCUCUUGGAACUCUACGUGUCUUGGGACCCGACUCAUCCCCUCGCAUUUCAGAGCAUCUUGACGCCAAUAGCGAUGACGAAGGUCCUCCUCCUUUGGAGCCAGAGCCCGCUUCUGAAAACGCUUAUCAGCUAAGCGGACAUCAGAGAAAUCGGUCUGCCAACAGCCAAAGCUCAUCCGCCAGACCAAAAAGCCCCUUGUUGGAUUGCCAAGAUCACGAAAUGGGUGGAGGCGACGUCGCCGUGAUUCUUGAUCUCCCUGAGAUCUUCACCGUUGCAUACGACUCUCUUUCUUUCACGGCUCAGAAUUUCGUUGGAGUGAGAGAUGUCCCCGUUGGACCUCAUUUCUUUUGGGUUGCCCACCCAAGCGGCGUGGCUGCUCGUUCGGGAGUUUGGAUUCUGACCUCAGAAUCUCAUCAUCAUGUUCAUGUUGUGCAAUGGGACAAGUACAACGAGGUUUUGACCGACGCUACUCGGUCAGAAUGUCGCAACCAUGUCGAGAGCAUGCCAACUAUUCACGCUCAACUCGUUCCCUACUCAGACCCUUCGGCGACAAAUGAAACCAGAGGUGAACUCUCUGCGUCCAAGAUCGAGACCAACCGCAGCAUCUGGCAACAACUGACAACUCACAUUAAUUCAAGGGUCUUGAACCGCAUUGCAGGACCCCAGGUUGGCGGAUGGUUUGUUCACACGCUUGAUCGCGCACACGGCGCCCUUCACUUUUCCCCCGAGCUGGAGCUGGAGCGAGCUGUGCCCAACAAGAAUCUCCAACAACGAGAGCUGCACUUUACCUUUGAAAGGACUACAAGGCUGUUCUCUCUCCUUUCACUGGGAGCCGAGCGCUCACAGCAGGCCAUCGACCCGACUACCUACCUCAUGUCUCAAAUCGAAGAUCCAAAUAGCGGUCUGAUGUAUGAUGACUUGAUAGGGGAGCUUCAGUUCUCUUUUAUUGUAGGCAUACACAUUGGGACGGAUGCUUGCCUGGAGCAAUGGUGGUUCAUGCUGCUCAAGCUUAUCAUCAAAGCUCAUCUUCUUGUACAGAGGAAACCCUUCCUUGUGGCUGCCAUGUGGCACACUGUAGCGGCACAAAUCACUUAUACCAGUGAAUGGAUGGAGACCUCGAUUCUUGACAACUCUGAAGCUAAGUGCCGAGAACUGCGCAUCGGUCUCAUUAUAUACAAACGACGUAUGGAGGAGUUCCUCCAAAGUGACGAAAACCUCAUUGAACCAAUUCACCUUGCCGUCGGCACCGCCUUCUCAAGAGUUGAGGCCGUGCUGACCGACUUGGGAUGGGAUCUGACCGACGACUACGUCCGUAGAGGUAUGGUUAUGAUGGAAGAUGGCGAGGAAAUUGAACUGGAGCUUACCGACCUGGAGGCUGAAGAUGAGCGUGGUGAAUGGGCACCAGAAAUUGUCGAAUUCGAUGAGAAUGGCCGCCAGCGUGGCUUGAUUUCGUGGUUGGACUAG